UAUGACAGUGGGGUAGCCAAUUGAUCAGUCGGUUGCUGCAGCAGUCACAAAAUGAAGUUCACUUUAUACGUUUGCCUUUGCCUGGUGGCGAGUUCGUGGACAGAGUUUAUGGUGCAGGCGAGAGGUCCUCUGGUAUACUUCAGGGCAAUUCUGCCUAAGGAGACUACUUACGGACUUCGCAGUACCAUCGUAUUUAGCCAAGUGGAGGCAAACAAGGGUUCAGGGUAUAACCCAUCAUCCGGGGUAUUCCAUGUUCCAAUUGCAGGUCUCUAUCUGAUGAAAUGCCAGCUUGAAACCACUAACCACGGUACUUCUGAGUUCUUCCUGGAGAAACAAGGAACAGCACAGUCAGUGUUGACCAUUCAACACUAUUACAGCUCCAAGACUAUGAGCGUUAUCAUACAUCUGAACGUGGGGGACCACGUUCUAGUAAGAAAGACGUAUGACAGCAAAAACGCUCCACUGAGAGGAGGGGUGUGGUCUCAGUUCUCUGGAUAUCUGCUGAGGAAAGACUGAAUCAAGUGUCCAUGGAUUGAAUAUCUUCAAAGUAAUCAAAAUAAUAAUGAUUUGUCAUGAUGAAUCUUUCAUUACGCAGUCAUGUUAAACGUUUGAAAUAAACUGUAUUGUUGACGGCUA